UUGAUUGGUAAUUCGCAGCCCGAAAACCCCUACACCUGCGUUAUUGGAGCUGGAUAUUCUGGCCUAGCUGCUGCCAGAUAUUUGCAGCAGUACGGUCUUAACUUUACAGUUCUUGAAAGAACGAAAUACGUAGGUGGCACUUGGAGAUUUGAUCCCCACGUCGGCGUUGAUGAAGAUGGUGUACCAGUCUCUACAAGUCAAUACAAAUAUUUAAAGACGAAUUCGCCAUGGCAAACUAUGUCAUACGAUGGCUUUCCGUUCCCAGACAACACCCCUUCAUAUGUAAGCGGGCAGUGCUUCUACAAAUACAUAAAAUCGUUCGUAAAACACUUUGAUUUGAUGAAGUACAUUCAACUUCGUAGCUACGUGAAAUCGGUAAAGAAGUUGGAAAAUAAUUGGGAAAUAACAUACACUAGAACUGAUACCUAUGAAAAUGAGACAGUGUAUUGUGACUUUGUGGUUGUAGCCAUUGGACAAUAUAAUAAACCGCAUGUAGUAAAGUUUCCUGGUUUAGACGAAUUUGAAGGUACGGUUAUUCAUAGUCACGACUACAAAGCUCCUGAGCCAUACAAAAACAGCAACGUUCUUGUAGUAGGAGGUGGACCUUCUGGUUUAGAUAUAGGAAUACAAUUGCAGAAAGUUGCUAAAAAAAUUGUACACAGCCAUCAUUUCAAAUAUAAUGAACCACAGUUUCCUAAGAACUACAUUAAAAAACCAGAUAUAAAAAAUUUUGUACACAAUGGCGUAUACUUUAAUGACUCUAGUUUUGAAGAACUUGAUCAUGUCAUUCUGGCCACAGGUUAUCGUAUGCAUCAUCCCUUCCUGGAUAAAAGUAGUGGUUUAUUGUUAACGAAUAGGUAUGUGAUGCCUUUGCACAACCAAGUCAUCGAUAUACGAGAACCCAGUUUAAUGUUCAUCGGGAUUUCUAAACAAUAUAUUAACAAAAUAUUGAAUGCUCAGGCUGAAUAUAUAGCAUUAUUCAUAGCAGGAAAAUUUGAAUUACCUUCUGAAGAAGAAAUGCUAGAGAUGUGGAUGAAUAAACAUUCACCACGAAAACUCAAAGAUGUCAACAGUUUUGUAACGGAACCCCUAGAGAAGCCUCAUACGUGCAUCAUAGGAGCUGGCUAUUCUGGUCUGGCUACUGCCAGAUAUUUGCAGCAGUAUGACCAGAACUUCACUGUCUUUGAAAGAACCAAGAAUAUCGGCGGAACAUGGAGAUUCGACCCAAAUGUAGGCGUAGAUGAAGUCGGCGUACCAGUUUCCACCAGCCAAUACAAAUAUUUAAGAACAAAUUCUCCACGGCAAAGUAUGGCUUUCACAGAUUUCGCAUUCCCAGAAUCCACUCCAACUCAGGAUUAUAGAUACCCUGAGUUGUUCAAAAAUCGUAAAGUACUCCUUGUGGGAGCCGGGCCUUCUGGUUUAGACUUGGCAUUACAAUUGAGCAACAUCACAUCCAAGUUGGUACAUAGCCAUCACUUAGAGUACAACGAACCAUAUUUCUCUAAAUCGUACAUUAAAAAACCGGAUAUCAAGGCAUUUGUAUCAAAUGGAGUUAUUUUUAAAGAUAUGACUUUCGAAGAUGUUGAAGAUGUUAUAUUCGCCACAGGGUUGAAGAGAGACUAUCCUUUCUUAGACGAAAGCAGUGAUUUAAUAAUGACAACUCAUUUCGUUCUGCCUCUCCACAACCAAAUAGUGAAUAUACGGCGACCCACUAUGUUGUUCAUUGGCGUUAUAAAGCAUUUCAUGAAUAGAAUAUUAGAUGCACAGGCGGAUUAUAUUGCAUCAUUGAUAUCAGGACAAUUUAAGGUACCACCUCAAGAAAAAAUGUUAGAAAAAUGGCUGUUAGAUAAUGGUAACAAAAAGCUUAAUGACAUACAUAACAUAGUGCCCCAUGUGAAAAAAUAUAUUGAAGAUAUAACCGAAGAAGCGAAUAUUAACAGAGUCCCGCCAGUUUUGGUGGAUUUAAUAAAUUUUAAUGGACAAAAUCUAAUACAAAACCUCCUUCACUAUAGAGAUUACGAGUUCAAAAUCAUUGAUCCAUUUAACUACACAACUAAAAUUAUUCGUAACCACACGGAAGAAAGACAGCGGGAGUGUCCCAUAAAAGAUGUAAAGUUAUAA